AUGUCAUCUCAAGAGCUUCAGCUCUGCGAAUUCCUGAGGGAACAACCCCGCUAUCGCGGAAAUCGAUAUACACCACAGGCGGAGAACGACUUGAUUUACCACCUCUUUUGGUCACUAGCUGGCGGUCAGCAACCAUACUUCAAUCUACUAUUCCCGAACGGACAGCCCGCGACGGGUGACAAAUGGCUCUUACGGAAGGAACAAGGCGGCGAGGAUGGAGAUGAAUUCACAGAAGCGGCGCGUGGCAAAGCCUGUGGUCAUAUAUUCAAAGCGGGGGAAGCUACAUACAGAUGCAAAACCUGCAGCGCAGAUGAUACUUGUGUACUGUGCAGUCGAUGUUACGAUUCGUCAGAUCAUACUGGGCAUAUGGUCUAUGUUAGCAUAUCUCUAGGAAACAGUGGCUGCUGUGAUUGUGGUGAUCCCGAGGCUUGGAGGAUUCCCGUUCACUGCUCAAUCCAUACCGACUUUGGGGACGCAGCAAGAAAGAAGGCAAAAGGAAAAGCGGCAGAGCUACCCCAAGAACUUGUGGAUUCGAUUCGCAUGACUAUUGGCCGAACUUUCGACUACAUCUGCGACGUUAUUUCAUGCUCCCCAGAGCAGUUGCGACUCCCGAAAUCUAAAGAAAGUAUCUUGGAAGACGAAAAAUCAUCAAGGCUAGGGUCGGAGUUCUACAACGGCGAUGUUGUCGAAGAACCGUGCGAGUAUGCAUUAUUACUUUGGAACGACGAAAAACACACAGUGUAUGAGGUUCGCGACCAAGUGGCGAGAGCAUGUAAAACUACCAUGAAAGAAGGGCUGCAGAGAGCCCAUGAGACCGAUGAUGUUGGUCGGAGUAUUGUCAAGUACAGCUUUGAUAUUGAUGAGCUUCUUCGUGUAUCCCAGGUUAUAGAACAGAUCAAGGUGACGGUCACAAUUCGAUCCGCAAGGGAUACCUUUCGGGAACAGAUGUGCGGAUCAAUCAUCGAAUGGCUAAGUGAUAUCGCUGGAUGCAGUGUAGGCCAGGAUCACGAUAUUUUACGGCAGGUGAUUUGCGAAGAAAUGCUCAAGAAAUGGAGUUUUGGAAGUUCAGCAACUAAUAGAGAUGUUGGUAUGAACGGCAUCGACGACCACGAAAUGGAGGAGAACCGAAGAUUUCAAUUGAUUGAGCAUAAUGCAGAGAUGUUCAGACGUGCGGCAAUUGCAGCGGCGGCGGCUGGAACAGACGAUGAAGACAGUGACGACCUUGGAGACGCAGUCGACGAGGGCGACAAUUUUGGUGAUAAUUCUGAUGGGACACCUUCUGUAGAUGAAGAUGACUCCGACGGCGAUUUUGCGAACGCCGUUGAACAGUACUUGCUGCAACCUAGUGCGUCGCAGGUUGUUAGAGACCAAGACGGCGACACACAAAUGACAAUAGAAGAUGUUGAGGAAUCGCCUCUUGAACAUGGCGAGGCAACUGAGGCAGGCUUUCCACCUCCACCACCGCCCCCGCCCGCACCACAGCGAAUAGCUCGGGACCGAGAUCUCACACCGUCAGAUUCAGAUACUGCUGAAAUGCAGCCUCUCAUAUCGGAAAAGGUCUAUGCGAAAGCCAACAUGGAAAUCCCCAAAACGCCUAGGAAUCAUUCCAAGCUGCUUUCGCCCCCAAAACCUGCAAGGUAUUGGCUCGAGACAUCUCCCACUUUCAAAGCUCAGGAGAACGUGCCCCUUUAUGAAAACCUCCAGGAACGCUUGCGACUAGACUGGAUGAUUUUGUUUGAUCUGCGAAUGUGGAAGAAGGUUCGUAUAGAUCUGCGGGAUCUGUACAUUGCUACUGUCGUUACUAUACCUGAAUUCAAACGAGUUUUGGGAUUGCGAUUUGCUGGUUUAUAUACCACUCUUGCCCAGCUGUACUUGAUUGCGGACCGAGAGCCUGAUCACUCUAUUAUCAACAUAUCUUUGCAAAUGCUAACCACACCAACGAUCACCUCGGAGAUAGUCGAAAGGGGUAAUUUCUUGACCAAUCUGAUGGCCAUACUCUAUACCUUCUUGACCACGCGUCAAGUUGGUCAUCCUCAUGAGAUUUCACCAAAUGCGACAUUGGCCUUCGAUUCUGGCUCGGUAACAAAUCGGCGGAUGUACCACUUCUUCCUGGACUUGAAAUAUCUUUCCAGCUCCGAACAUAUCCAGGAGAAACUUCGCCGAGAAGAUAGAUAUAUGUUGCAGUUUUUGGAUCUUGUCAAGCUUCACCAAGGUAUCUGCCCGAAUACACGAGCAGUGGGAGAUCAUGUGGAGUACGAAACCGACGCCUGGAUAUCAGCGUCUUUGAUCACACGCGAGAUCAAUCGGCUGUGUAGACAGUUCUCGGAAUCGUUCCAAUGGUCUCUUGGGGAAGAUCCUACCUAUAUUCAAAAGGCCCUCAGACUUGCUGCGAAAUCUGUAAUUCUCAAUUCUCUCGGAGCCGAGCGAAAGCGUUUCGAUCAAGCCGAAAUCAAGGACGAGGUUAAAUUCAAGAAAGUUGGCGACUACGAGUUCGAUACUACAGAGAUGGCGAAAAGUGUUCUGCAGCACUCGGUCGUUAAGUUCGUCGUUGAAUCGCAGCCGAUAAGCUUUCACCACGCCCUACACUAUACUCUUUCAUGGCUAGUAGAAUGCGGGAGGAGUAUGAGUCCGGACGAGAUGAGGUCCCUAUUAUCCUUCACAACCGCCGAGCUUCUUGACAAGCCAAGAGCAAUGGGCCCACGAGUCAUGCCAAGCCAUAACUAUACCGCGGAGGAUCAUCUUAUAGCAGCCUUUGAUUAUCCACUCCGGGUUUGCGCUUGGCUAGCCCAGAUGAAAGCAAGCAUGUGGGUCAGAAAUGGGAUGAGUUUACGGCAUCAACAUAGUACAUAUCGUGGAGUCAAUCAAAGGGAUGUGUGCCACCAUCGAGACAUCUUUCUUUUACAGACGGCCAUGGUUGUUUGUCCACCUGCGCGGGUGUUGGUCUCCAUGAUUGACCGCUAUGGCUUGGAGCACUGGAUGAAAGGGAUUUAUGAACAGUCGAAGUCGGAAGGAGUUGAUGAUGGCCAAGUGUUAGAUGUCGCAGAAGAUCUGAUCCAUCUACUCAUCGUGUUGAUCAGCGACCGAACUUCACUGGUUACCAAAGAGGACGAGCCCAACUCCCACAUUCUUGCUAUGCGACGAGACAUCACUCAUGUCCUCUGCUUUAAACCACUAUCAUUCACUGAAAUAUGUAAUAAGCUGCCAGACAAGUUCCAGGACCAGGAAGAAUGUCAAGAUAUCCUCGAUGAGAUGACUACAUUCAAACCUCCAGAGGGCCUUUCCGAUGUUGGAAGCUUCGAGCUGAAGGAGCAGUAUCUUGAGGAUGUGGAUCCGUACAUUUCACACUAUACCAAAAACCAGAGGGAAGAGUCUGAAAACGCCUACAAAGCCUGGUUAGCAAAAAAAACAGGUCGACCCGCAGCGGACAUAGUAUUUGAGCCCAAACUUCGUCCUAUUGAAUCCGGAACAUUUUCGGAUUUGUCAGCGUUUACGAGGACUGGCAUAUUUGCUCAGAUAAUCUACUAUGCGCUACUGUUUCCACUCAAGGCUCAAGAUUUUACGCCCACGGUGCCUGUAACACGUGUUGAAGCCUUUUUGCAGGUUGUUCUACAUCUCGUAUUGAUUGCUAUAUUGGAGGACAAAACUGAUGAAGAUGAGAUGUCUGAAGAUUCUCUCCAGUCGUUCGUUUACAUCGCGUUGACGAGCCCCGCUCGAAGCAACUUUCUCCCAGACUAUCCUAACUCAAGGACCAUUGCAGCCAUUCUGGAAAUAUUAUCCCGCAAAGAGGAAUUCAAGGCAUGCCACCCGAAGAUUGCGUUAGUCCUCAAACGUAUGAAGCAGAAGAGGCCACGCAACUUUGACACCGCGUUUGCACGAUUGGGUGUCCCGGUGGAUCGAAUAUCGACGGCGUCUCCUGCUAACAGCACCGUGCUAGAGGAUAGAGAAAAGAAGAAGCAAGCCGCUAUGGACCGUCAAGCGAAGGUUAUGGCACAAUUCCAACAGCAGCAAAAGAAUUUCCUAGCAAACCAAGGUGACAUCGAUUGGGGAGAGGAUGGAGCAAGCGACAUUGAUGUUGAAGACGAGAGUGAGAACCAUAAAACGUACUGGCCAUACCCCACGGGUACAUGCAUCUUGUGCCAAGAAGAGACAAAGGACGGUCGACUUUACGGCACCUUUGCCCUCAUAACGCCCAGUACAGUGUUGCGGCAGACACCCUUCGGCGAUCCAGAUUUUGUCCGAGAAGUUCUCAAUACACCAGCAAAUUUAGAUCAUUCCGCGGACAGCAUACGACCUUGCGGUGUUGCUGGCGAAAACCGGGAGGAGGUGCACAAGGUCAAUGCCAGUGGAGUUGAUAUAGUCACUGAGCGCCAAUUUAUCGGCAAAGGAUUUCCGGCGAAGUCAACUCGCAAUGGCCCGGUAUCUGUUGGGUGUGGUCAUAUCAUGCACUACAAGUGCUUUGAAGUAUAUUAUGAGGCAUCUCAAAGAAGGCAUCAACAUCAAAUUGCCAGACAUCACCCGGAAGUUCUUGAAAUGAACGAGUUCGUUUGCCCUCUGUGCAAAGCACUGGGCAAUUCUUUCUUGCCUAUCAUCUGGACACCCAAAGAAGAGAUUCCAAUACAGCAGCUCCAACCUCAGACUUCGUCGACAUUCGAUGACUGGUUAUACUUAGCCGCAGGGCCCAACGCUGUGAGCAGGGCCGGAGGAAUCAGCUCCAAGCCCAGCCGGGCCGCCCCCAGUAGUCGAAGUGUUGAACUAUUUAUGCAGCACAAUACGGCUGUCCUUGGGCAACCUUUAGCGUCAAAAAUGUCUGAGUUGCUUCUCGAUGCCUGGGAAGCUCCAACAUCAGUACCCUCUCCACUUCCUUUCGGUACACCUACUGCUGAACCCGUAAAUUGGGCACGGAUGGAAUCUGCACCAUUAACAGGAGGUGGCACUGGCCGGUUGCCGUCCACAUUUGUGUCACCCAUGUCAGAACUCGUGGACAUAUAUCAAAGGCUGAGAGACUCGAUGGUAAAGAACAAGCUAGAAAGCCAUCAUCCUCAACUCCUUCCUGGAUUCUCGGAACAUGCCUCUCCCCUUGACCUCUCGCAUAGCGACAGUUUGGCCAAAGCAUUGGGGUUUUCCAUCUCAGCUGUGGAAAUACAGCAGCGAGGCGUAGGAUCAUCCAAGGGUUCGGUUUUUAUUGAUAGUCUACCACAGCAAGCGCUCAGCCAUCUUAGAAUUUUAUCCGAGACUGUUGCCUCUUAUAUAUCCAUUGGUGGUAUACGCUAUGCGGGCGACAACAGAGUGGCUCAAGAAUUCAGUCGUGAUUACGAGCUACAGCACGUAUUGUUGUAUUUGCGACCCUCUUAUCCAGGCGGCCUUGAACAACCGCCUUCCGAAGACACUUUGUUAACCAAAGACAUAUUUACUUUUCUUACAGAGUGCUCAAUCUGUCUGGCUCGAGUAGACAAUGUUGAUAUCAUGCACCUUGUUCGUUUGUGCUACCUGGCAGAGCUUGUCAAGGUCAUAGUGAACAUGGGCCGUAAUCAAGGUUCCUCUGGUUACUCGACCUGGAUUGGAUAUGAGAAACUCAUGAAUCCUACGGAUCCCAACGUACCUGGCCGAGAACCCGGAUUUGAUGCAUUUGCCGACUUCUGCAUCACUGUGCGAAGAGCUGAUGAGGAUUAUGUCGAGAGUGGAGGAGAUCUCAAAGGGAAUGCAUUUGCACAACCAUGCUUCAACGGUCUGCAAUCAUGCCUAACCUUUGUACGAAGAUAUGCACUGGCGUUUCUUCGGAAAGUUGUAAUUCUAUUGCAUGUUCGUUGCGGACUCACUUUUGCAAAUUUCAUCCCAUCAGACCCCGAGGCGGAUGAGCUUGAUCGACUGACAGAGGCACUCAAGCUACCCACUUUUGAUCAGAUGUGUGCUUCAGUUGUUCCUAUUUACAAAGGCCACAACCCGGUAGUCAAUUCUUUGGUAAAGGGCUGGAUUCAGCAUUCAAAAGCUUGGAGUGUGCAGAGCCUCACUCUGAGCCAUCCCGCUAUAUUUGAGCUUCUGGGUCUUCCGAAGAACUUUGAUACUUUGAUUGAAGAAACGAUGAAGCGCCGCUGUCCAACUACCGGAAAAGAAGUCUCAGAUCCUAUGCUCUGUCUCUUCUGUGGCGAGAUAUUUUGUGGCCAGGGUAUUUGCUGCUUGAAGCCAGCUUCGACAGCUACUGGAGGAGCGCGUGUGCCCAACAUAGGGGGAGCGCAGCAGCAUCUGAGAAAGUGCCAGAAUAAUCUGGGUCUUCUGAUCAACAUCCGCAAAUGUUGUGUAUUCUAUCUCUACCACCUGUCUGGUUCUUGGAUGGUCGCACCAUACAUCGACAGAUAUGGCGAGGUAGAUCCAGGUCUAAGACAUUCGCGACAGUUGUUCUUGAACCAGAAGCGAUAUGAUGCCCUUUUGAGAACAGUUUGGCUGAGCCACGGUAUCCCUAGUGUGAUCAGUAGAAAAUUAGAAAUGGAUAUCAACAAUGGUGGAUGGGAAACUAUUUAG